AUGCCGGUGCCUCAAAGUAUGGGCGGGCCUAGAGAACUACGAGGGCCGGUCGUGCGCGCAAGAUUGACCUGUAUAUAUGUGUUGUUCGGUUUGACUAUCCGUGGCAGAAGAUUUUGCUGGAUCGCGUCCUUGAGGAGUUCAGUGGCGACCACGGUCCAGGCUCUAGUCAGUGGCGGUUCACAAUGUUCGUCCGAAAUUCGUGGACGCUAA